AUGCAGAUUGAUAGAUCCAUUAUUGAGAGUUUUGGAGAUGGAGGGAGAGCUUGCAUAACAAGUAGAGUUUAUCCAUUAUAUGCUAUAGAGAAAGAUGCUCAUCUUUUUGCAUUCAAUGAUGGAAGCCAAAGUGUGGUUAUCUCACAACUUAAUGCUUGGAGCAUGAAACAAGCAGAAUUUGGCAGGGAAAGUAGUAUAUAG